AUGGACUCUCUUCUGGCAGAAAUCUCGGAAAAGAAGCGGGCGCUGCAAUCAGACGGCGCCGACGAAGGACCUGCGAAAAAGUAUAUGCGCCGCGCUGAUGUAGAGCGCGCCAAAGAGGAGGAGGAGCAACGGCGGAAAGAACUAGCCAAGCAAGAAGCAGAAAGGAAGAAGGAGAUACUACAGGCUGAAAAGGCCAAGAGGUCGGAAGCCAGACGAGCAGCUCUAGGCAAGCUCAACCCCGCCUCCCCCACCCCUUCCUCCUCCCGCAACACCCCCGACCCAUCCCUCCCCUCCGAAGAACGCUUCAACAUCUCCCCCGAAGAAUGCAUCCGCCGUCUCCGAGCCAAAGGCCAGCCCAUCCGUCUCUUUGGCGAGUCUGACAAGGAACGCCGUCUCCGUCUGCGAGCGUUGGAGCUGUUGGAAGAAAGGGGGCCGUCCGGGGCGCAAGGGAGGAAUGAUUUCAAGUGGGCGUUGGAGGAGAUGGAGAGUGGGCUGGAUGAGAAGGGGUUGGAGAAGAAGGCUAGGGAGUUGCAUAGGCUUGCGGAGGAGAGGGGUAAGCUGGAGGGUUCUGGAUCUGCGGGCACGCCUGUAGAGGGAGAACAGGAAGAAGGGAAGGAAGGGAAAGAGGUGGAGAAGAAGAAGAAGGGUGUUGAUAUCGGCAUCCUGGAUCUGAAAUUGAUCAAGACGGAUCCUAACAAGGUCUACCCUAUCAUCUACUAUGCUCUCAAGGGUGUAUUGAAAGAGUGGGAAGCAUGGAUGGACAACCGUCCAGAAGAGAUCCGUCGCUCGACACAAGGCAAAAUGGCAGCCGCCACCCAAGUCCAAUCCGCCCAGUCCCUCAAACCCCUCUUCCGCUCUCUCCGUUCCCGAGACCUCGCCCCCGAUGUCCUCCGUCUCCUCGCAGAGAUCGUCCAUCACAUGCAGAACCGGGCGUACCAAAAGGCGAAUGAUGCGUAUUUGAGAUUGUCGAUAGGAAAUGCGGCGUGGCCGAUUGGUGUGACGAGUGUGGGUAUUCACGAGAGAAGUGCGAGGGAAAAGAUUGGGCAGGAUAAUAUUGCGCAUGUGUUGAAUGACGAGGUGUCGAGAAAGUACAUCCAAGCGGUGAAGAGAUUAUUGACAUUCUCGCAAACUAUCCGACCACCUGCUGAUGUCUCUCAAUUGAUGGGUUAG